CGACACGCCCACAGUGAGAAGCACAGAGAAGUAACCGACCACCCAAGGGUUACAGGCAGACCAGUGGUGAAGAGACUGUAAAUUACCCUUUACACAACACUGCUGAUUGGAAAUAUGAAUCAAGGAAGAUUGAGAAGAGCUUUAAAUGGAGUCUUCCCUGUACUGAAACCUCAUGGGGUAACCUCUGCUCAAUUAUUAAACCAACUCAAAGAGAAACUUGCAGCAGAAGUGACAGGCAUCCUAGCAACUCAUGAUAUAAAGCUUGGUCAUGGAGGGACCUUAGACUCUUCAGCAACAGGAGUUCUUACUGUUGGUGUUGGGGAUGGAUGCAGACAACUCAAGUGUCUUCUGCAUGGUGAGAAGAGUUAUCUUGCACGAUGUCAACUUGGAGUUGCAACAGACACAUACAAUAAAAGAGGCAAAGUGGUCUUGGAGAAGCAGUUUGAUCACAUUACAGAAGAUGUGUUACAGGAGAGAUUACACCAGUUUGAAGGAAAAAUAAAGCAAGUUCCACCUUUGUAUUCAGCCUUAAAGAAGAAUGGGAGGAGAUAUUCAGACUUAGCACAGGAAGGAGUUAACUUCAGUAUUGAGCCUCGGACGGUGCACUGCUACAAGCUAAAACUGCAAGAUUUUGAACCGCCUUAUUUUACCCUGUCUAUUGUGUCUGGCCCGGGAUUCUACGUUCGGAGUUUAGUUAAUGACCUUGGCCUAGCUGUUGGAAGCUGUGCGCAUGUGUGUGAGCUACAACGAACUAGACAGGGUCCUUUCAGUCUUCACCAGUCAUUGCAUGAAGACCAGUGGACAUUGAAGAAUGUUAUUAAUGCCAUUAUCAAACAUAGAAGAGUUUUUGAUACUUAUUGUAAACAUUAUGAAUUAAAUAAGAAAUAUAAUAAAUGGUAGCUAUAUUUAA